CCCUCCCCCCCCGCUAUGCUCCCGAACGCUCAUAGCUCGCCCACACGUACAAGGUGCUCCCACACGGCCGUCACCUCCACUGUGCUGAUCACAGCAAGAGAGAGGGAGCCAGCACAGCUGAAAGCCAGCCCAAGCCCCCCCCUCCUCCUCCACGGUUAUUAAUCAGCUGGCGAGAGCGGCGCAGGUAAACCACGUUCCUCUGGCGCGCGCCCAACAGAUAUCGAACAACAAAAAUACGAGCGCCCAAUCAACCCGAGCGGUGGAGCCAUUCGCAAUGGACAAGCAGACGCGGUCACCAGAAGAGGAGGACACAUCCGCACACACGGAAGGCUCCAGGGCCAAAGCCCUCUUGUCCAGGGAGCCCUUGGUGCGUCGGCUGUGCCUGCCGACGCCCGGGCAGGUGGUGAUGUGGGCGCUGCUGUGUGCCAUCGGGGUGAUAGUCCACUCCCUGGGGGCGCGCGUGGCCAGGCUGGAAAGUAGAGCGGCAAAGGGCGGCGUGGAGGCCGUGGGCUCCGACUCGACCCCGAGGGAACCCCACAAGGCGCUGAGUCAGCUGCCCAGGGUUCGCAACAGCAGAGAGGCUGCCCCCAUCUGCAGCUGCCCCCCAGGUCCUCCAGGAAAGAGUGGAAAGAAGGGAAGAGCUGGUGUCCCAGGCCUCCCGGGGCAACCGGGGAGGGAUGGCUUUCCGGGCCCUAUCGGACUGGAUGGAAAGCCAGGGGAGCCUGGUCCAAAGGGAGACAUGGGGCCGCCAGGUCCAAGAGGCGACAAGGGCACGCAAGGGACCCCUGGCUCAUCUGGUUCCCCUGGGCCAAUUGGCCUCCCAGGCCCCCAGGGCAUCACUGGUCCGCAGGGGCCACAAGGAUUUCAAGGCCUGCCCGGCAAAGCAGGGCAAGAGGGCCCACGUGGCCCCCCUGGGCUCAAGGGAGAAAAGGGAGCGCUCUGUUCAUCUGGUGAAAAUGUCACGAGGGAAUCUGAACACGCAGGGUCACUUGGUCCUCCUGGGCCUCCAGGUCCCCCCGGACUUCCUGGUCCCCUCGGCCUUCCUGGACAGCCUGGGCCUUUGGGAUUGAAGGGAGAAAAAGGCGAGCUUGGUGCAGCAGGGCCUGCAGGACCCAGGGGUCCCUCCGGUCUGGACGGGGAACCUGGUUCUACCGACAUCCGGGACUACAACUACGGCCUUCUACGAGAUGCCAUGCAGGGUCCUCCUGGCCCCCCGGGUUUGCCAGGAUCUCCCGGCCCCCAGGGAAUGAGUGGACUCCCUGGAGAGCUGGGUCCCCCCGGAAUCCCGGGGACACCAGGGCUACCCGGAUCAAUGGGGGAGCGCGGAUUUCUCGGGCCCCUGGGUCCCCCUGGUAACAAAGGAGAUGCUGGAGAAAAGGGGGACAAGGGUGACAUGGGCUUGUCGGGGAGAUUGGGCGCGCCUGGCGAAAGGGGAGACGUCGGAGAAAAGGGCGACCGAGGACCCAUGGGCCUUCCGGGGGCAUCAGGACUGAGUGGACCACCGGGAACAACAGGGCCAGUCGGACUUCCGGGGCCCUUAGGACCAGCCGGGCCAAAAGGCGAGAAGGGUGAGAAUGGAGAGCAUGGAAUUAUGGGAAAGCAGGGGCCACCAGGUCAUCCGGGAAGGAAUGGGCUUACUGGAAUGCCGGGACAGCCAGGUCAGCAAGGGGACAAAGGUGACAAGGGGGAACGAGGGCGCCGAAGUAAAAGGGGGCCCAAAGGCGACAAGGGGGAGCAGGGAGCCCCGGGUCUAGAUGCCCCCUGCCCUUUGGGUCCGGAUGGCUUGCCAUUACCUGGGUGCUGGCAGAAAUGAUCGUCACACCUUGCCGCAAGCAUCGCCUACAACGUGCCCCUUUGUACAUAAGAUAUAAAUAUUCCAUUUCACGUGGUCUUUACUUUCACUGUUCUGCACUGUGCUUAUAGCUUUAAGUGCAUACUUGCUUUAUACAAUGACAAUAGGUGCAAAUGUGGCUUUUUACUACAAUUUUUUUUAAUGAUCUGCCCUUGCCCUUUCCCAUACACAUGUAUUUAUUUCACUGGUUUUCUGUCACGUUGUUAAAUGUACGAGUAUGUCUACAGCCACCGUGGUAUGGAGGUGGGCGCGGUUUGUCUGACAGUACACAGGUCCCAGAUUAAUUUCCCUGGUCAAAUUCCACAAAACAUCAAAACCAUUGCGUAGUCCACGGACGUGUUUGUCUGUCUGUCGUUAAACUAGUUAAACUGCAGUGAGUUGUUUCUUGCAAAUCAUUUGUGGUGGGGGAAAAAGUGUGGAGCCCCCACUCACUUCAGUACUUUCAAAACAGUUGUGCCAGAAUUCAGCUGGACGGACUGGGCAGCCUCGUGAGUCGAGUCGUGCAGUCAACCGGCGAGGCAUCGCCGGUUCGAUGGAUUGUCAGGAUUCAUUGCCGCCUUUCAAGAACCAUUACUUGUAAGCAUCGCGGUGAUUGGUAGCAUGUCCGGUGGCUGCACACGAAUGCAGAAACAUUUAUAUUACGCGCGUGGUUCUACGAAUGUAUUGAGCUUAAACACAUUCCUGCGGAGGGAGCUGGUAAGGAACGUUGGGUUGCUCGCUCAAUGGCCAGGGUCAACGGCGGCGUGGUGUAUUCCGAAAAUAUUCCCGACUGUGAGGGCGGGCACAAGCCGGCGUUGAGUUUUAUAAGGGCACCACGGGGUGACCAGCCCCUCCCACCUCCCACCUAGCCCCACCAUCCCCACC